AUGGUUGCAGGUGGUGGCACUCACAAGAGGCCUGCUGCUGACAUAAUGCACCAAGAGGAGCCUGCAAACACAGAUGCAAAAAAUGAUCAUCACAUAGCCAUCUAUUUCAUCGACUCACCCCAACAAACUCAAAGACAAGUCCUGGGUGACAAGACCAAUGGCCAGGAGGAUUACUCCUUUCAGCACCAACUGCAAACACCAAGCUCGCCGCCCUGCUACUCCACGGACCACAUGCUCGGCGCUGCUGCUGACCAAAGACACUACAACACCAACAAUGGCUCCCCUUCUUCUUCUUCUUCUUCUUCUUCUUCUUCGCAGCAGCAGCAGCAGCAGCAGCAUGAACACUCUUCCCGCCCACCACGAAGAAGACAGUCCAGAACAAGGCGACGCUUGGCGGCAGCGGUGCCGUUCGUGAGGAAGAUCAAGUGGGGACCACUGUGGGAUAAGUCCAAGGAGUGGAUCAAGAACCCCAUGAACAUGGCCCUCUUCGUGUGGAUCGUCGCCGUCGGCGUCUCUGGCGCCAUCCUCUUCAUGGUGAUGACCGGGAUGCUCAACGCCGUCCUGCGGACCAAGUCGCACAAGGACACGUGGUUCGAGGUCAACAACCAGAUAUUGAAUGCAUUGUUCACCCUCAUGUGCCUCUACAACCAUCCCAGAAGGUUCUACCACCUGGCGCUGCUGUGCCGGUGGCGGGCCGGCGACAUGGCCGCGCUCCGGGAGGUCUACUGCAAGGGCGGCACCGUCAAGCCCAACGAGAGGAGGCACAUGAUGGUUGUGAUCCUGCUGCUCCACCUCAACUGCUUGGCGCAGUACGCGCUCUGCGGCCUCAACCUUGGGCUCUCCAGGACCCGCCGGCCUCCCGUGGGCGUCGGCCUCACCGUGUCAGUCGCCAUCUGCGCGCCCGCCGUCGCCAGCAUGUACAACAACCUCAGCCCCCUGGGCAAAGACUACGAGGUCCAGGCCGCCGACGACGAGGAGCAGGAGUCUUCUUCUUCGGGCUCGCGGCAGCGGCUCCAGCACAAGACCGUCGAGAGGAGGUACUCCUUCUCCCCCUCUCCGCCGCAGCGACAAGGACUAGAAAUGGCCGCUGUUGUCGCGGAAGAAGAUGGUAUGUUAUCGCCGGAGUGGUCCGGCGGGCUGGUGGCGGACCUGUGGGAGGACAUCUCGCUGGCGUACCUGUCCCUGUUCUGCAGCUGCUGCGUGUUCGGGUGGAACGCGGGGCGUCUGGGGUUCGGCAACGCGUACGUGCACGCGGCGACCUUCAUCCUGCUGUGCCUGGCGCCCUUCUUCAUCUUCACCCUGGCGGCCAUCAACAUCGACAACGAGGCGGCCAGGCUGGCGCUCAGCCUUGGCGGCACCCUGCUCUGCGUCCUUGGCCUGCUGUACGGCGGGUUCUGGAGGAUCCAGAUGCGCCGGAGGUUUGGGCUCCCCGGCAGUGGGUUCUGUUGCGGCAGGCCGGACGUGACGGACUGCUUCCAGUGGCUCUUCUGCUGCCCCUGCUCCCUCGCCCAGGAGGUCAGGACCGCCGACGCCUACGACAUUGUGCAGCACAGGAUGGUGUCUCGCCGCCGACCCGGAGACGGCGACGACCAAGAAGAAGAUGCCAGCAGUAGCUCCCGGGUCCAGAUGCAGCAGCCACUGAGGUUUGCAGGCGUUUUCGCUUCAGAUGGUGGGGUGACCAACACCAACACCAACACCAAUUCAGAUACGAGUACGAGUACAAUACCCCCUGCUGCCCCUGUUGGCAUACUGAAACAGUAG